UUUCGCCCUCUGCUGGACGUGAGCGGAAUAACCCGGUUGUCAGGGAGCUGCGUCCUGGUUGCUAUGGACAAUGGAGCGUAAACACGCUCACCUCAAGCGGAAAGACGAGCACAUGAGUUUUGUCCCUGAUUAUGUUAAAAUAACUGCACUUUAAACAAGUUUCUGCCGUCAGAAUUACGAUAUUUACCGUCAACGUUUUUGUUUUGGCCCCGAAAAGGCGCUCAGCUCAGGAGUUGAGGUUUGACUGCCGGGACACGGCUAGCUAUGCUGCGCGUCUGCUGUCAACGAGAGGAUGCAAGUUCUUCAUGAGGACUUUUUCUACCACUCGGAGUCGAGGCUGAAAAGGGAUGGACGUCUGGAGAAUGACAGACAAAGUUUGGCCAAAGAGCAAAAGUUAUGCAGGAGCAGAGCUCGGAAAUUCUCCCAGGAAACCAACCGACGCUGGAAGGCUUUGCACGAGAGGCGGAGGCAGAGGGACAUGCAAGAAGAACGACUGAGGGAGGAAAUCCUGCAGCAACGCCGACAGCAAGUACAGGAUGUGACCGAGCGCUUCCAAAGAGCACAUCUUCCUCCGUCUCAGAAGUACAGACAAUCUUUCAGAAGAAACGCCCCAAACAUUGAAGAUGCACUUAGUCAAAUUCAAGGCAGUUCCUACACCCAGCAAUCCUCCUUUUUGUCAAGCAGCACAAACAUCAACAGCUGCACGCCGUCUCCGAGGCCUCUCAUAGGAGGAGCAUCCAGUCGGCCCUCUCCGUCUGCGGUGGACUCCUACACUGAGCUGCUGCAGGAGCAGUGCAGAAGGGUGAAGAACCAAGAUGCAAGCAGCCCAGAGGCAGUGCUGACGGGGGUGGAGCAGAUCAGCCGCCUGUCCGACAGCAUCUCCAGCAAGGACAGCCUGGAGGAUGAAGAUGGGCAUCACCCCUCGUUUUUCCUUCACCUUGAGAAGACCCAAGCACAGCAGAACGGGCAGAGCGCUCUCAGGUCCUCAGAUCAAACUUCCUGCUCUGUGAUGAGGCUCAUAAAUGAACACAUAGCCCAAUCGGACGAAGCCGAACAGGGAAAACUCCAGAAGUGGCCUUACAAUGACUUCCGUGUUUCUGAAGCUUCAGCUUUAGUUGAGACGGCACCAAAGUUCCAGUCUUCUCUGAAUGACUUCAACUCAUUAAGCCUUUAUGAAAAAGCCAACGGUAGAGUGGAGACGUUUGAGCUAAAAUCCUUUCCAGGAGGUUCCAUUGGCCUAACCGUUACAGACGCAGAUGCUUCAGGCGAAGCAGCUUCACCGUUCUCUUAUGACAGUAAAGAAGCUUUAUUAGAUUUUAGUCAACAGAGCCUCAACGCCAAGCAGUCCAAAUCUGCCACAGGCAUUCUCCACUUUUCCGAAGUUGGCAACAAAGACUUUUAUUUUGAAGCUCCACCAAAGUCGGAGUAUUUCUUGAAAGGAACUGGUGAUGAUUCGCCACAUGACAAAACCCAGGAUGCAACCGGAAAAGGAAAAACAGAAUUGUACGGCUCCAUAAACAAUCUUGAUAAAGUUUCAAACUUGAAAAGUGAAACUCAAAAGUCCCCAAAUGGACGGUCAUCGCUGCACAAAAGCUUGUCUAACAUCCAGUGCGACGCACAGAAAUGGUCAGACUGUCCUGACCCAGAAUCAGAGGCUCGGUCAGCGUGUGAGCUCGCCUUCAUCAAAGGAAUCCUGAAGAAACCGUUGAAACAUGAAUCGGGGGGCCCCCCACGCCCAUCUGCCCGGGGGCAAUUGAUUUUUGCAAAGCAUUUGGCCGAGGCAAUAAGAGACAGUGUGGAGUUGGCGAGAGCAAAAGCCAAGAACAUGGAGGUCAGCAGCGCUGUAAGAAAGAAGCUGCGCUGGUUUGAUGAAGUCCACCUGGAGAAAGAGGCGGAAGGGAAGUUCAUGAAGAAGCAGCUGAAAGUAAAAACCCACAGUCCGGCCGCUCCGCAGGACCACCAGCUGACACCCGGAUCAAACCGGAUCCCCGGACCCUCCACGAGUUAUCACUUUACAAAAGAGGCAUGGACAGAUGUUGGGGUUCAAGUCAACUUGCCCCAAGAAAGAGCAGACGAGGUCAAGGUGCAACGCAGCAACGGGUGGACCAGUGGGCCCAAAGUCCCUCUGAGAGGAGGCUCGACUAGAAUCGGAGCGGCUCCUGUUUCCUCGAAAACCAGAAAGGGCACCGUCAUGCGACCCCAGUAUGCCGCAGAGGUGCGCCACAUUGCUAAAACCCAAGGGAAGUUCAUGGUUCCUCGCCCACCUCCUCGGAACAACCGGCUCGAAAAAAAAUCCCCAUCUGGCCCCUUGGACUGCGUUUGCCGCAACCAGGAGGUUGUGGCUGCAGAGCGGGACAGGAAGCACUCAGAGGGACCGUUCCUCAUGUACACAGCAGUACCGCCACCCUACGCACAGCCCUUCUCCUCAGAGGGCUACACGGAGUCUGCAGGUCCUCCACAGACUCGCAGCAGCAGAAGAGGUGCGGCGGGCAAUGAAAAGCGCCUCUGUUUAGACAGCACGCCCACAGACGAAGAGAUCUCCCAGCUCUGGCACGGGGUUCGCUGCGCCAUAAACACAAAGGACGUCCUGGAAAGUGGUCCACCUGUCAGGAGCCCCAGUUCUGAACAGACCCCGCCUCUUCAAACCUCACAGUCCAGGAAGGAGACAGUGGUGCUGAUUGGUCCACCUUCAGGUACCACCCGGUUACACCUGGCUGACAUACAUCCAGGAUGUCCCCUGGAGCAGAAUCCUUCUUCUGUUGCCAUGGACACCGCCCAAACACACAGCUCUGGAUCAGCGCGGCGGAACAGCCGGCAGCAGGAGCUCACUUCCAUUUCUUCUGAGGAGAGAAGAAUCCUGCUCUCUCUGGACAGGCUCAACCGGCAGCUGCACUGUUUGCGGAACCAUCCUGGGGGGGCAGAUGCUGGAACAGGAGGUCUUGCACUUGUUGACACCCCCUUGACAAAAGAAGGGAAAUUCACCCACGGCUACAGGCACUGUGCGACCCCCGCUAACCGCCUUCCAUCUCAGAGGAAAACGUGAAGCUGGUCGGCUUUAUCUAAAAGACAGAGAUGCUGAACUUAUAGCAGCUGAAUUAAAACCAAAGCUUGUUUGUUCUUAAACACACCACAUCAACUUUUACCAAAACUCUCCUAUUUGUUGUUUAAGCUUGUUUGUGACUCCAUCGGCUCAAAGUCGAAUAAAGCUGUCGUCUUUCUUAAA